AUGCAUCUGCGUCACAUUGCCUAUCUCCCCGUCCUUCUGGACGUCUGCGCAGGUGUUCCAGUGCAGGACAGUCCUCGUCAACGUCUGCUCAAUGGUCUCAAGAUACCCUCCAACUACCGUGGUGUGACGGGCGGCAAGAAUGUCCCGUUCACGCCAGGUCAUAGAGACCCAGUUGACAAGCCAGUUGACUCUGUCGGGGACGAUCUUGACCCUCUCCCCUGGCGCAAUGGUCUCGGAGCUUCUGUUCUCGGCCCCUGGAAUGAGGCGCGAUCUCGUCAGAACCCAGAUCUUGUUAGACCGCCAGGCACCGACCGUGGUAACCUGGCUAACAUGCGCUGGAGUUUCGCUGACUCCCACAUUCGAAUUGAGGAGGGCGGCUGGACCCGUCAAACCACCAUUCGCGAGCUUCCAACAAGUGUUGAGCUGGCUGGUGUAAACAUGCGUCUUGACGAAGGCGUGUAUCGUGAGCUUCACUGGCACAAGGAGGCCGAGUGGGCCUAUGUGCUCGAUGGAGAAGUGCGAGUAACUGCGCUUGACUAUGAGGGUGGUAACUUCAUUGAUGAUUUGAAGAAGGGCGAUUUAUGGUACUUCCCCAGCGGAGUCCCUCACUCCCUUCAAGGGCUGAGCCCCAAUGGCACUGAAUUCCUUCUAAUCUUUGACGACGGACAUUUCUCCGAAGAGUCCACAUUCGUUCUCACUGACUGGCUGGCCCACACCCCAAAGUCCGUUAUCUCUAAGAACUUUGACCUGGCCCCUGAAGUCUUUGCCCACCUUCCCGCAGGAGAAAAGUACAUCUUCCAGGGCCGAACACCCGGCUCCAUCAAAGAUGAGCAGCCCAGCGGAAAGAAGGUCAAGAAGUCAAAGUACAACUUCACUCACCGCAUGCUCGACCAGGAGCCCCUCAAGACAAACGGCGGCCAAGUCCGCAUCACAGACUCCAAGAACUUCCCUAUCUCCAAGACCAUUGCUGCAGCCCACGCUAUCAUCGAGCCCGGUGCUAUCCGGGAGAUGCAUUGGCACCCAACUGCAGACGAGUGGUCCUUCUUUAUCAAGGGUCGCGCCAGGGUGACCAUCUUUGCCUCCGAGGGAACUGCAAGGACCUUUGACUACGUCCCCGGAGAUGUCGGCAUUGUCCCGCGCAACAUGGGUCAUUUUGUUGAGAACAUCGGCGACGAGCCUAUUGAGAUGCUUGAAAUCUUCCGUGCUGAUGAGUUUAGAGACUUCUCUCUGUUCCAGUGGAUGGGAGAGACCCCAAAGAAGCAGGUGGUUGAUACCCUGUUUGCCAACGAUCCCAAGAACGCCGAGUUGUUCUGGGAUAAGAUCAAGGAUGCGGAUAACAAUGUGAUCACCAAGCCUGAUUUUAAGAAGUCUGAGCCUGGAAAGGAGGAGGACUUGUAA